AUGAGCUUCACUUGGGAUCAGUCGACGCCUAACAUCCCCAUUCUCGGUAGCGAUGAGAUCAAUCUGAACGCUUACAAAGUCGCCGCUGAAGACGAUCUGCAAUACACAACAUUUCUCAAAGAUCGUGCAAAGAGACAAGAUCAGGCAUAUGUCAACAGUGUUUUCCGGUUCUUCUCGCAAGUGCACUAUGGCUUGCUGACGUGGAUCAUGUCCAGCUGUGCCAGUGUCGCAAAGUGGACCGCGUUCGCCCCUGUCAUCUCAAAGCGUCUGGACCUAUACACCCAAGCACACCAUGCGCGUGGCCAGAAGCUCGUUUCCGAGAAUAUCCGUAUGAUUUGUUCCGAUUUACCAAAGCCAUCAGACGUGUUUGUUGAGGAUGAGAUUCUUUCCGGUGGGCCUCGAGGCUUCCCGUUCAUGAACGCUGGUUUUCCCGAGUUCCCUUACAUAUCGACGGAGUCCAUGACCUUCUGGUCGAAGUCCAAAUGCCAGCGCAGGAGAGCCUUAGUAUCGUACUUCUCGACACCGAUAUCACAGAUGACCCGCGACAUUGGCCAGUAUCUGCUGGACAACCUGUGGGAAACAAGAGAGCUCAAAGAUGCUGUCAAAAACUACCGCGGGCAACGAGGUCUCAACCCAGAAGAAGCGUACUUCAUCAUUUUAACAAGAUACAAACAAAGAAGUCGAUACGAAUGGAACAACCGAACAGCAAUCGACCUAGUCAAUGGGCUCGUCGAGCUGAAUGAUGAACUACAUAAUUGGCAAUCGUUACUAGAGCAGCAGCAAGGCUUCCUGGAGCGUCUUCGCAGGGACGCUCUAAUUCUUGAACAACACUAUAAAGCCAACCCGGUGGAUCCUGGCCUGGAAGGGAAAGGCGAAUCCCCAACUCAAAGGGUGGAUCGGGCGCUCAAGUCUGUUGGUAUUCGACGAGCCGAGAUGGACAAAAUCUUCCACGAGUCCAGCAGAGUUCUAGAAGCGGUAGGUGGUCCUGAUCCCUCCAAUCGCAGUACCCGAAUAUUGACAUAG